AUGAUGACAUUGCGUUCCUCAACGUCACUGCAGAGCGACCUUAGUCGGUUCAUCUUCCCGCUUGCUCGAAGCCUGCGGCACGAUAAGGUUUCAGGCGCUGUUACUGACGCCUCACCAGUAGGUUCCGUCACGGCAAGUGGUAGGCACAAUGCUGCCGAAUAUGUCAAGCCAGAAGGAUUCUGCAAAUCUCACCAGCGUACUCCUGGUGUUAGAAAAACUGUCACAUAUUUCUCACCUCAUAUGAAUGCGCUGCUAAACCGGCCAUUUGGAUCGACAGGCACCAUUGACACUAAUGUGCCUCUUUACCAAUGCCCCAUAUGUUCAUGCGGCUCCUCUGCAGAAGGUGAUAUCAAGCGCCAUAUGCAACCAUGGAUGGACCCACAAGAGAUGACGAGACACAUGAGUUGGUUACACGCCUCCAGUGGCUACACUCAGUCUAAUUUUUCCAUUUAUAAUGCUGGGGAAAUGCGGCGGCUCUGCAAGUCGUUGCCUUGCUCAUCUGCUGAUGACCCUCGUGAGGAAACAGCAAUGAAACCGCGUGUUGUGCUGAUGCUUGACGUCGCUAACAUUGAGCUAAGUCUUGAGGAUGUUCUCAUUCAACUCCUAACCAGUGAAGAGAGUAUUCUAUUUUUUUCCCGCGUGGCAUGCGCCAUAGUAUGUGUGCAUGAGGUUUUUAUUCCUCACACCUCACGCCCCGGCCACAUUUUCUUUCAACUUUCCCGCCUAAAUGCAUUGUCGGAUAUUUUCACUUUGUACGCCGCAACACGCAUUGAGUCCGGUGAUUUACUUACCGCCGCGCUCAUGGGUGAGCUGCUCUUUCAGGACAUGAGGGGAUGUGCGCCAUCUAUUGUGCUUCUCACCAGAGAUCAGCAGCAAAAAUUAUGUGUUUCCAACAUGUUCUCGGGAGUGGCGGGGCGCGGGGCUCGUGUUUUUCUUCCCCGCAUUACUGCUCAAAGCAUCCUUUGCUGCUUGAGAGAGGCAAACUUGGCGAGUAUGGGUUUAUGA